GCCAGUAAACAUGAAGGAAGAAAAUCUUGCUAUUGCUAAUGUUGGGGAGCCUACUGUUAGAAUGACACGAGCUCGAGCUGCUGCUUGUCAUGCAUUUGGAGGGAUUCCACCUUCAGAAGCACUGAAGCAGCAAGGUCAAAAGCAAGUUUUACGGACAAGUUCAAAAAGAGCAGCUUUAGAUGAGAUGAAUAGCAGUGCUUCUGCUGCUGCACCUGUUCAGCAUAAGAGGAGGGCAGUGCUUAAGGAUGUCACAAAUGUUUGCUGUGAAAAUUCCUAUAAAAACUGCCCCAUUGCAGCUAAAAUUCCGUUUCACGCUACUGAGUUGUUGCCACUGAAGGAUGAGGAUGUGGUUGCAAAAGCAAUGUCUUACCUAUCAAAGUGCAUCAAGGACUUUGAGAACGUGGCGGUGAUCGAUAAAGAAAUUGGAAGAUUUCCAAAAUCCCUGACUCAUUUUUUCCCAGGUUCGUACAAGUAUAUGAUGCGUGGAUCUACAUCAUUUCCAAAUUUAUUCAUGGCUGGGGACUGGAUAAUAACACGACAUGGUUCGUGGUCACAGGAGAAAUCGUUUGUCACGGGACUUGAAGCUGCCAAUAGGGUGGUGGACUAUCUAGAAGAAGGAACAUUUGCUAAAAUUAUACCAGUAGAGGAGGACGAGCCUCACAUUCAAGCGCUGCGUAACCUCAACAGAAACCUUAAUGAGAUAAGAGCCCAACUUCCAUGGUCCAACUACUUCAUCCAGUGAAACUUCGAAAGUGUACAUUCAUGAAGUUACUGUCGUAAAAUGUGGAUUUAUUGGUAGGACCAAUGUUGAUAAGCAACUGUUUUUGAAAAAUGGCAACCCAAAAUGAGGAAAAUUAAAAAAGAAAAAGAAAAAAGGUACCAUAUCUCAUCAAAUUGGACUGUAGAAUCUGUAUACUGCAACUUAUAUACAUAUUGUGAAUUUCAAGUGACAUGUAUACUUGAUGUAAAGCUAAUGCAGCAGAUUUGGAUUGUGUAAUGUAUAUUGGAUUUGUCAGUGCUUACUUUAGCUUUGAACAA